AUGACCACCCUCACCGCCAUAGUUCGCAGCUUUAAGCAGCGCGUUUUAUUAGCAGCAUUGUUAAGCCUAGCCCUGAUUUUACUAGGACAACAUCAUUGGAUUGCGCUUCGAAAUGACAACGUGCGACAAUGGGGAACGAAGGCUUAUGGAACUUUGUCCGAAUGGGUCUCGAAUAAGAUAGCUGACGUGGAAACGCCAGAGAGCGAACUUGGAGCAGUCUCCGCAGACACCAACGGUGACAACUUUAGCGGGUGGCUUCACGCACAAGGGAUCUCGCAAAACGAAGUCCCUAUCAUAACCAUUGGGGACUCAAACUACAUACAGGCCCUUCGCAAUCUUCGUGCGCGCCUCGACCUAUGGGGUUACGGUCGAAAUCUGGUGGUUCUCUGUCUGGAUGAAGCAUGCCUGAAAGAAAAAAGCUAUCAUGGCUGGCGCGUUCACAUGAUUUCUAACACAAAAUUUACCAUUACCCUUGAAUUGGCACAAAACGGGUACAACUUUGUUUUUCUCGAUGGCGAUGUCUUCCUUACUGGCUCAGGAGAUCCUUUCAUGGACAUGUUACCACUUUCUGACCAAAGUUGGGAUAUACAAUUCCAGGACGAGAUGGACAUUUUCCGUCGGAUAGCGAACAUUGGAUGGUUCUUUGCCAAAGCCAGCACAGCGACUAAACACUUCUUUCAGAGCAGCUAUGACCGCUGGCUAGAAACGAACGCCUGGGACCAGAACGUCAUGAACGACAUCAUUGGAGAAAUGGGAGACUCUUUGAAAGUCCAUUAUCUUUCCUUGUCCAAGUUCCGCAACUUUAUAAAUGUGGAUUGGCUUCCCUUUUUUGCAUUGGAAAAUCUGGCUGCCGGUUUUGUCGAAGAAUCUCCAAUGGUGCACUAUACCUGCGUGGAGAAGGGCCUCAAAACGUACUUUGGGGCAAAUUUCGGAGGAUACGCUGACCUUGAUGGCUAUUACAGCAAUCCACCGCCACUCCUAGGUAUGGUCAACGUGGCAGGGUCCACUGACGCCGUCCUACAGCAGAUUGCGUUCGCCGUGGAGAUUGCACAGAGAACGAACCGAACGCUGCUAUGGCCCAACAGCGUCUCUCUUGUUCAACGCCGAAUCGUCGACGGGCGUAGUGAGUUUUACGCUGAUUCAAGUUUCCCUGGCAUUCGAGUCCUGGACUAUGCCCAAGCUCAGAAGGACGGUAUAAAGACGGUCGAGAGUCGAUACCUGCAAAACCAACAACGUGAAAUCGGAAAGAGCUUGUGCACACCACAUGUGGUUGACGUGGGCGAUUUUCUGCGGCUCCAAGGCGUACCGCGCGGACCACAAGAUCUCACAGACCUUGUACAUGGUCUGAAUCAAAAUGUCGUCCCAAUUCUCGAUUUUGACAAUCUACUGGAUCCCGCUUAUCAGUGGCUGCGAAAUGAAGAUGCCUCUAACCGCGCGCAAAUUACCGACCCUGGAUUUGAGCAGCAUUUCCACGAAGCUGCUAGAUCGUUUGAAAUGAUCAUGAAUCUUACUGGUAUCACCGAGUAUUCUGCGCAGAUGCAGACGAGACUACAGCUGUGUCCAAAUGUGGAAAACGAUCAAGAUUGUCUGGCGAUAUGCGCCAGCACUCACGACCAACCUUAG